UGGCGGCCAUCUUGGUUGUGGGCAGUCGGCCGAGAGGUUGCGCCUGCGCCGAGGCCUGUUCUCUGGCGGUCGCGUUGCGUCCUUGAGGCUAGAGGCUGGAGGGGCGUCGGCGGCCGAGAUGACCCAGGCCGAGAAGGGGGACACGGAGAACGGGAAAGAGAAGGGCGGGGAGAAGGAGAAGGAGCAGCGCGGCGUGAAGCGACCCAUCGUGCCCGCGCUGGUGCCGGAGUCGCUGCAGGAGCAAAUCCAGAGCAACUUCAUCGUUGUCAUACAUCCAGGUUCAACAACUCUGAGGAUCGGUCGAGCCACAGACACACUUCCUGCCAGCAUUCCUCAUGUUAUUGCACGAAGACACAAACAACAAGGGCAGCCCCUGUACAAAGACAACUGGCUCCUAAGGGAGGGACUAAAUAAACCUGAAAGUAAUGAACAAAGACAGAAUGGCCUUAAAAUGGUGGAUCAAGCAAUAUGGUCCAAAAAGAUGUCAAAUGGUACAAGACGGAUUCCUGUGUCCCCUGAGCAGGCACGUUCCUACAACAAGCAGAUGCGACCUGCGAUUUUAGAUCAUUGCUCUGGAAAUAAGUGGACAAACACAUCUCAUCACCCUGAGCAUUUGGUAGGAGAAGAGGCCCUGUAUGUUAAUCCUUUGGACUGUUACAAUAUUCACUGGCCUAUCAGAAGAGGUCAGUUAAAUAUUCACCCAGGACCUGGGGGCUCCCUUACAGCUGUUCUGGCAGAUAUUGAAGUAAUAUGGUCUCAUGCAAUACAAAAAUACUUGGAAAUCCCACUGAAAGAUUUAAAGUAUUAUAGAUGUAUCUUGUUAAUUCCUGAUAUCUAUAAUAAACAGCAUGUGAAGGAAUUAGUGAAUAUGAUCCUAAUGAAGAUGGGUUUUUCAGGAAUCGUGGUCCAUCAAGAGUCUGUGUGUGCCACCUAUGGAAGUGGUUUAAGCAGCACGUGUAUUGUAGAUGUUGGAGACCAAAAGACAAGCGUGUGCUGUGUGGAGGAUGGGGUCUCUCAUCGGAACACUCGGCUCUGUCUGGCAUAUGGUGGAUCUGAUGUGUCAAGAUGUUUUUACUGGCUGAUGCAGCGAGCUGGGUUCCCUUACAGAGAAUGCCAGUUAACAAAUAAAAUGGAUUGCCUUCUUCUGCAGCACCUUAAAGAAACUUUUUGUCAUUUAGAUCAGGACAUCUCUGGGCUUCAGGACCAUGAGUUUCAGAUUCGACAUCCAGAUUCCCCUGCCCUUCUUUACCAGUUUCGAUUAGGAGAUGAAAAACUCCAGGCUCCGAUGGCUUUGUUUUAUCCAGCAACUUUUGGAAUCGUUGGACAGAAAAUGACAACUUUGCAGCACAGAUCCCAGGGUGACCCUGAGGAUCCUCAUGAUGAACAUUACCUGCUGGCCACACAAAGCAAGCAAGAACAGUCUGCAAAAGCUACUGCUGACCGAAAGUCUGCAUCCAAACCCAUUGGAUUUGAGGGGGAUCUUCGUGGCCAGUCCUCUGAUCUUCCAGAAAGACUGCAUUCCCAGGAGGUGGACUUGGGAUCCUCCCAGGGAGACUGCUUGAUGGCUGGCAAUGAUUCUGAGGAAGCUCUCACUGCACUGAUGUCCAGGAAGACUGCCAUCUCGCUGUUUGAAGGGAAAGCCCUGGGCCUGGAUAAAGCCAUCCUCCAUAGCAUAGACUGUUGUUCGUCUGAUGAAACCAAAAAGAAGAUGUACAGCUCCAUCCUGGUGGUGGGAGGUGGUUUGAUGUUUCAUAAAGCUCAAGAAUUUCUGCAGCACAGAAUUCUCAAUAAGAUGCCACCUUCAUUCAGGCGAAUUAUUGAAAAUGUGGAUGUGAUCACAAGGCCCAAGGACAUGGAUCCCCGGCUGAUUGCAUGGAAAGGAGGGGCAGUGUUGGCUUGUUUAGAUACGACACAGGAGCUGUGGAUUUAUCAGAGAGAAUGGCAGCGCUUUGGCGUCCGCAUGCUACGAGAGCGAGCUGCUUUUGUGUGGUGAAAUGGACAGAAAAGUCACUGUUGAAGACCAACACAUAACCUUGUGGUGUGACACCAGAGAGCUGAUCGUGUGUCAUAGAACAAGGGAAAGAACCCAGCACUCAACUUAGUGCCACCUGCCUCUUCACCGCAGCUCAGGGGACAAACCUACUGGAGUCUGCACAUCCUCAGAGACCAGCCGCACGCUGUCAGACUACACAACCUGCCAGGAAGCUGAGGCUAUAACAAGCAUUUUGCAUCAACAACAAAGAAUGGCUACAGUGCAUCAGUCCAGAAGGACCAGAGUUUGACCGUCAGCUUCACUUCUGCAUGUGUAACCAGGGCAAGUUACUUAAGUUCUCAGUUUCUUUAUCUGUAAAACAGGACUGUCCCAACCUCGGGGUUGUUGACGGCUUAAGUGAGAUGAUGCGUGUCAAGUGCUCAAUCAGUGCCUGACACACAGGAAUGGGCUUUCCCCUCCAUUUCACCUGACUUAAUCCUCUCCUUGUGAGUGAGGUGCGGUUACCGUCAUGUCCACAUUACACACAAGGAAGCUGAGACUCAGCAAGGCCAAACGCCUUGUCUAGGGUACCCGGCCUCUCUGUACCAAACCACAUACCAAAACAGGUGUCCCAACAAGACAGAGAAUAAGAGAAGAGUGAGGAAGUGUACCUGGUGAGGUGAAGUUCACAGCCAGGGAGGGGCCGUCUUCAUUCAUAUUUGCAUUGGGGAUGUUAUGGGCCCUAAUGAAAUAGACUGUUCAGCUCUACAGGAAAGCCAAUGUAGGAAAACGUCCACUGCAAGGCAAAGCGGGAAGCCCUGAAUUUCCAAGUUCUUCUCAGUUAUAAUUUCAUUCCUUAACCUACUGCUGAAACUCAUGUCUCUAGUCAAUGCCUGCUAAGGAAAUGGACCCUACAUGGCUUGCCAGUGUAAUUCACAGAAUCAGAGAAGGGUAAAAUUCUAGAGCCAGGAUGUAAUUUAAGUUCAGGUUCCCUCACUUUGCUAAUGGGGAAACUGAGGCCCAGGGAUGCUGACUUGCCCAAGGCACACAGCAGAGAAAUGGCCCCAAAUGGGAUCUGAACCCAGGCAUCCUGCUUCAGGCUCCAGGUUGUAGCUCUCAGCAGCCUGUAUGUGAGCACAACAUCCACACCCCCAACAAAGGACCUGGAUUAGUGACAAUUAGCCAAGUGUCUCCAAGUGCUUACUUUGCCACCAGAGGGUCUGGUCUGAGUCUGGAAGGCGUCAGUGUAAUUGCACCUGACGCAGCUGAAGGACUGGAAGUGGCUUUUGCCCGUCACGCAGAUCUUGGUGGCUUUCAACAAGCGGAUGCUGGCUGCCGAGGUGGGCAAGAGGGCAGUUGUGUAUUUAGUGCUAAAUCUGUGGAUGACUUGAUGCUAGACAGCCUCCCUGCCUCAUCGCCCUUCGCAUUCACUGUAGCCCUCAAAGGUAGGCACGAUGAUUGUCUCCAGUUUACAGAUGGGGUAAGUGAGGCUUAGGGAAUUUCAGGGAGCUUUGCUGUGGCUUACAAAGUUCAUCAGCGGAAGAAUAUGGAUUCAAAUUCCAAAGCCUUUCCUCCUCAUAGAUGAGCCUGAAUUUCACAGAUGCCUGCAAAGAGGAGUCUAACUGCACUAUUUUGGGUCUCUUUUAAGAGGAACAGGCCUGCUGUAUAGAACACCACAAAGGCCUUUCACAGUGUCCUCAGCAGCCAUGCCUGUUCCGUCUGCACCUUUACGCAUGCUGAUCCUUCUCCCUGGGAUGCCCUUUCCUCCUAUUCUCUGCCUCUCCAAGUCUUACUCCUUCAAGGCCCAACUCAUGCACCACCGCCUAUAACAACAGCUAACAUACAUGAGCCUGCUCUGUGCCAGGGAUGAAGCCAAAUGCCUUAUCGCAACAUCUAAUUUAAUGUGGUCUCACCAGGGCCCUCUCCUGCUCCUCUCUCCCCAACCCCCUUCGGAGUACAGGUCCCUCCAGGAUUCCCCUGACGGAGUCUGUGCCUGUGUCUGCCUCCCCUUGGCCCUCUGGGAACCCGACUGGCACUCCCAGAUUAUUGACCGGAUGGAAUUUAGCUGAAUUUAGUGGGUGGAACCUACACACGUGGCCUUUAGGUCCCCAGGAUUGGUUCAUCCAAAGAACUCACAAGGUGCCUCAGAGAAAUGAGGACUUCAGGACUUCCACAAUGCCCUUUGGGAGGUGGAAAAGUUAUCUACCCGAGAGAAUGUUUUCCUAAACCUCGGGGAUCAUCUCUGGCCUUACCCAAUUUUCUUCCAUGAAGGACAGCAUAACAUACAGAAAAGCACACCAGCAUGCCAUUUGAUGAGUUUUCACACUCAUGCAGCCAGUACUUAAGGAACACCCCAGGAGUGCCCCUCAGGCCUCCUUUCAGUCAUUCCCCACCUGAGAGUAGCCACUGUCCUGACUUCUAACUGCUUAGAGUAGUUUUGCCUGUUUUGCACUUUUUGUUAAUGGAAUCAUCUGGUGGGUAGGACUGCAGGCCUGCGUGCAGAUGUGAAGGUAUGAACUCCUGAAUCUGGCUUCUUUUGUUUGUGAGAUUCAUCCACACUGUGUGUAGUUACAGAUCAUUCAUGCUCAUUGCUAUACUGGAUUCCGUUUUGUGAUUCUAAUUCUACUGUCAGGCAUUUGAGGCAUUUUUUGGCUGUUAUGCAUACUGCUACUAUGAACAUUCUAGUCUGUGGCUUUGGUGCGUGCAUGUACGUAUUCUGUUGGAUGUGUGCCUGGGAGGGGAAGUAAUGGGUUGUAGAGUCUGCCCUUUUCUGCUUUAGCAGACACGUCAGGCCUUAUCUUUGAUGCAAACUUACCAUCUGCCCAGAGUAUCCAGCUUAUGUUCAUCAAAAUUGAAUAGUCCUCCAGCACAACACUGCUUUUAAUAGGCUCCACUCGGAGAUCCCUCAAGUCUCCUGGGGUCAGGGUGUGUCAGACCAUCCAUUCUGGAGAUGGUCCUGGGAGAAGGCGAGACUGCCCAUGACACCCCCCCCCCUCCCCAGCCCAAACCAAUGCCACCUGCUCUACGUGACCCACCCUGACCACCCCUCACUCACAAUUCAUCUCUUCUUCCAGCUAAGGCAGGCCAGACAUUUCUCAGUGCUGGUUGAUGUGCAGCCGAGGUGAUGCUCAACCUCCGGGCCCCAACCAACAGAGCACGUGUCACCACUCUGGGUCCCUUCAUACGUAUGUGUGUAUCUAAUAUAUUUGACAUGUUUACUAGGAUCAGUCCUGCCUUCCCCACACCUCAUCCUGGACUCCGGCCAGCUGGCCCCCAUGACUCUCCCGUCCUACCUCCCAGUCUCUGCUGGUACCAUCUCCCCUCCAGCUCACCCUGUCCAUCCACAUUUCUUGGGCAGAAGCCCACCCAGUCUUCAAAUGCUACAAUCUCCCACACUCCUUCUCUAAAACAUUUGCAUCCUGUUCCCAGCUGUAAGUGACGUCCCUCCCGUGGCACUUGAUCUCCCUCCAAGGAGUGGCAGGCUUCCCUUUUUACCUUGCAUGGCGAUUCCCACCCUUCCUGUGCCUCUAACUUGCCAGGAGUCCAGCCCCAAAACCUGAAACCCUGGGAGCUCUGCCUCGAGCAGAUAGAGGCUUCACCCGCAUCAGCUAAUGAAGCAAUGGUUCACCCUGUGCCUGGUCUCUCAUGACCUACUGCCAGGAUUCGGGUCCCCUAAAGGUCCAACUGUGCUCUUGAUGUAAAGCCCUGUUUCUAGUGCACCUACCGGGUUCAGAGCCACACUGAAUCGUCUGCAAGAGAGAAAGAAACCGAGUGCCAUGUUGAAUACCGUCAAACCACAAGCUUUCAUUUGCCAAUUAGGCAAAACACCAUCUUCUUCCUUAAAUGCAUAUACAAGGGAUGAAUGCUGAGCUGGUUCCACUUCACAGUUUGAGGGAGACUACGUGGCCCCAUGGUAGGCUAUGAUGGGCCAUAGAUUAACCACUAGUACACUUGACCCUCAAGCCUGGCCAUCACCUCCCUUAAAGACCAGAGGUGGGUUUACCCCUCUCUGCACCUCAGCCGUCUCUGCUACAAGCAGGGGAUAACUCUGGACCACCAUGAAGGUCCCUUCACACGCUAAUGUUUACCUGCAGGCUUUCAGGACAGUCUAGAAUAUUUAUUGAGUUCUCCCAGGUUAAGGACUGGCUGUGCCAAGAAGAUAAGCAGAAGAGUGCAGUCCAUGGUGCCUUUCCCAGGUGCUUUAAAAAAUUCUGCUUCUAAUAUAAAAGGACUCACCUGAGAUAUUUACAAAAUCAUAACGCAACUGUGAUUUCAUCAUGUUAUCUUUUAAAAAGAACUUUUAGGGCUUCCCUGGUGGCACAGUGGUUAAGAAUCUGCCUGCCAAUGCAGGGGACACAGGUUCGAGCCCUGGUCCAGGAAGAUCCCACAUGCUGUGGAACAACUAAGCCCGCGUGCCACAACUACUGAGCCUGUGCUCUAGAGCCCGUGAGCCACAACUACUGAGCCCACGUGCCACAACUACUGAAGCCUAUGCUCCGCAACGAAGAGUAGCCCCCGGUCGCUGCAACCAGAGAAAAGCCCACGCUAGCAACGAAGACCCAG